UUGAAACCGUAAAAUCUUAACGAAAAGUAUUCGAAAAGUAGACCUUCAGGAUUGACGAUGAAGAGUGGCAGAGGAUUGGUCAGUUCCAUUGAAAAUAGUGCCAAAGAUGUGUGGUCAUUGGCCGUUGAGCCUACCCCCACGUGAGUGCACAAGCUAUAUAGAACACCUCACGUGGAAUUUCAUCUUCAGAACUGAGAGUCAGUGUCAAGGAAGCCCACCUGAAAGUAACAAAAAUGCAGUACAAUCAAUAUCUGUCGCUAUGCUUGGUGGCGCUUGUUCUCGGACAAGUAGCAACAUUGCCACAGCAUUCUCAGUAUCCGCAACAAUUCCAACAACAAGUCAGGGAUGAAAGGAAAUUUGCAGAGAAGCCAAAUGCCAUGAAGAAGGUUGCUCUCGAUGACCUGGACGACAUCAGUACCAAUCAGAUUCAAGAAGGUGGUAAUACCGGGUUCUCGUGGUCGAACAUGCUGAGUAUGUUGAUGCAGAUGCUCCUAGGCCAAACGGGUGGUGUAGCAGGCCCAAGCAAGAACGAAAUCGAUGAUGGAGCACCGACUAGUCCUUGGGCGAAUUUAUUGUCAGUCGGGCUCAGGGUACUCACCGCCCUUCUGGGAGGUCCUCAACAAUCUGUUGAUGGCAUCGACAAAGUUGACAACCAAAGCAGCCCUAUGCAGGGCAUUUUGACUGCGGUGCUGGGCGCGUUUCUAGGACAGGGCAGAGACCCCGAUCAGGUUGCUGUCAUGGCUAAAAACGCUUCCGAGUUCAUAAGUAUCGUGAUCAAUCUUCUGGACGCCUUGAAGACGUCGUUCUCUCAUCGUUCUUUGGCGGCUAGGUCCAUGGGAAGACGGGACACUGUUUCUGAGGCUGCUGUUGCUUCCAUCUCUAUGCUUAAAGGCUACAUGAGAUCAGUGAAAUCAUUUAAUAAUGUUGGUCGCGCUGAGGAUGAAGGGCAACGGGGUUGUGCCGAGAGAGCCCUCUGCGAAGCUAGUGCAGAGUGUGUUGCAGAUGCUCAGGGUACAUCUUCUAUUUUCUGCCAACUUGGAUCGUAUGCGACAAGUUAUCUGCUUCAAAGGCAGAGUGGAGUAGGUUUCGAGGCGCUGUAUGAAGCAGGUCGACGCGGUCGCACCGGUGAGGACUGCAGAACUCUGUUCAUGGAUUGUAACGCUGUAUGAAAACCCGUUUUGACCCGUUCAAGUGCGAUUUAGAGGCUCUAGGACUCGAUUAACGCCAGACUUAAUUGUUUGAAACUUCUUUAAAUCGAAUUUGAUAUGGAAUGCCAGUUCAAAUUAUAU